GCCUGCUCCGAGUGCAGCCAGAAGCCUCCAAGACUCUAACAAACAUAGAGAUGGGCUCCAAAGGAUCCAGCUUGAACAGAAUCCCAGACGCCCAGGAGCUCAUGCAGGAAACCGGCUUCUCCGCCGCUCACAUCCUCCGUCUCUACGAGAGGUUCGAGUUCCUGGACGUAGACCAGCGGGGAGAGCUCAGGCCUGAGGAUUUCGGAGCGAUUCGGGAGUUGUCCUUAAACCCCGUCGGAGACAGAAUCGUCGGUGCCUUUUUCUCUCCAGGAAAGGAGACUUUGGACUUUGCCUCCUUCGUUCGGAUUCUGGCUCAUUUUCGUCCCACAGAAAAAACCCGAACCAGAGACGGAGCCCAGCCGGAACCGGCCCACAGCAGGACCGGGAAACUCAAAUUUGCUUUCCAGAUGUAUGAUCAGGACCGAGAUGGAAAGAUUUCCCGAGAAGAGCUUCUUCAGGUGUUGCGGGCGAUGCUGGAGAUGCAGGUGACGGAGGAGCAGCUGCAGAGCAUCGCCGAGCGAGCCAUCCAGGAAGCAGACCUGGACCAGGAUGACGCCAUCUCCUUCGACGAGUUCAGAAAGUCACUGGAGAAAGUGGACAUCGAUCACAAGAUGAGUAUCCGCUUCCUGAGAUAAAGACUCCGCCGGCGGCCAUUUUGGGGAUUUAAAGGAAGACCGUCAGUCGUCUUGUCUUUCUAAAUCCUGCUGCAGGAGACACAACAUGGAGACACCACAAAGUGUGUAGUUUGUCUUUUAUAUUCAGUUUAUGAUCUGGAGA